CGAACUAUCGAGCCACCGCGCAUCACUAGCUUCUGCGCGUGUUUCAAUGGCUGUAAAAAAGGCGAAAAAUAUUGCUAAAUCCUUGUUUUUCACGCGUAAUUCGAGCGCUAAACGCAGCCAAAUUGUGAAAUACCCAUUCCACAUACAAUACCCAAGGUCUUGCAACUGAAACACAGUGGAAAAGUGCGCGAACAAAGUGGGCAGCACAUAAAAUGCAAAGCGUGGACGGCGACGUGCAAAAAGAAGAAAAUUUUUUACCCCUCACAAGAGACGCGCAAAAAAGGCGACCAGAUUUUGUGUUGGCCGGGACUAUCCAAAUAAAUAAUUUCAUGCAAUUCUGAAAUCCACUUGCAUAACGAUUGCGAGUCCUGGGCGUUGAUAAACAAUUGAAGCGCGAGGCGCAAAUCGCAAAUUGUAUAAUUGUACGCCGAGGGGUGGGGGCGCCCCGUUCUUGUUCCGUCUCGUCUCGGCAAAAAUCGGUUUCUCAGUUCCCUCGGUUUCGGUCUCUUUUUGGUUCAGUUGUGCAGCAAACUUCCGUGAAAUCGGUUGUUGUUUUGGGCUACGUUCUCUAUUUGCGGUUUGCGCGCGUAAAAUCCGCCGUUCUCUUUGGCCUCUCUCCUUUCUCUCUCUCUGCCGCCUACAAUUUGUGGGAAAAUUCUACCUAAGCACAGGGGUACAGCAAGAACAACAACAAUAACACACUAAGCUGAAAACACCAACAAAAACAUACAGCAGGAGAAGAAGAGCAGCUGCGUAGGAAACAGUGAAGAACGACAAUAAAUAGAGAGAGCGAGAACCGGAACGGAUUCAGCGCCAACGGCAUGCAAAGCGUGUGAAUGCAGAAAAUAUGAUGGAAGCAUUGGAUCAGCAACAAGCCAAGCUAACGUCUAACAGAGAUGAUGGAGAAGCGGGAUCAGGAUCGGAAACGGGAUCGGGAGCAGGAGCUGGCGGCGAGGAAGACGACUUCGAGGAGCCUCAUCAUGGGCUGGGCCUGGCGGAGGAGAAGAACAAGACCCACCAGCAGAGGGAGAACAAUAACGACCAGGAGGAGAAAUACGAGGGAAAGCGGAAAAAGAGCGCCGCCGAUGACGUGAUAGACUUAACCCUGGCAAAUGGCCAGGAAAAGUCAUCCAAAACAGAAGAGGAGGCUGCUGGUCUGGCACACAAAUCCGUACAGGAGGAAUCUCAUGUGGAUGUUAAGAAGGAGACUGCAGAAACUCCAGAAACUCUCUUCACAGAUCUUGUUAAGCAAGAGCCGGCAGAAGAUAGUGCAGAGGAGCUCGAAGAACCCGCAAAAAUUCCAUUGCAAGAGGAGCUUCCAGAUGAUAUUAAACUAAAGACCGAAGUGGAGGAGGACAAAGCCGGAUCCCUAAGUGAUAACGAAAUGGAGUUCUUAUCUGAUGCAGAGGAGCAGCCAUUGGAGUCUCCUGAAGCUAAACAUGUAGCAGAAAUUGCGGAGGCGGAAGCCUUUCAUCUGUCAAAGGAAUUAGAAAGUGAGGACGUGGAAGCCAAAUAUUCCCCGAAUAUUGCCAAUGAAGAUUCCGAAAGCAAGGAUGAGGAAAGAGUAGAUCCCCCGUCAGUUAUAUAUCUGCAAUCCGAUUCGGAUAGUGAGGAAAGAGAGUUUUUGUCCAUUAAAGAUCCCAAUAGUCCCGCUUUAGGCAGUGAGGACGGCAAAGCAGAUCUUUAUAAAGUUGCAGUGGAUGAGGAUGUUUCCAAUGCAGAGCCAGAAGCGGAUGAAACUACAUUGCAGCCUGCCGGCGAAUCUCUUUUAGAGGGAUCCGAUACAGUGGACUCUCCUUCGCUGACCAUGGACGUGGAUCUUCCAAGCAGCGAAAAUGGAGAUGCGACCUCUGGAGUAAUAAAAAUUGAGUCGGAUUCGGAAGAUGAAGUUCAGAGUGAUAGUGUGAAGUCAAAAAAAUCAACUGUUGAGGUUGUGCCGACGAUCAAAUUGAAUGGGGCUCAUCAAGCUUUAAAAGAGGAGAAUCAGGAGAGGGACGAGGAGCAGGAGAAUGACAAGGAGCUGGAGAAUGACGAGGAGCAGGCGAGGGACGACGAGCAGGUGAGGGACGACGAGCAGGUGGAGACCGGCCAAAUGUCAGAAGAACCCAAGCAACUGUCUGUGAUAACAAACCACACUGGCAACAACACUAAGGUGGAGGAAACAAUUGCUCCACAGGAGCCGCCUCCGCGCUCCCUCAUCCUACCCAUUCGUAGGAGCCGUACCAGGAGCACCAGUAGCCGGAGCAGCACCGUGAGCUCCGCCUCGCAGCCCCAGCUGGUCAUCGAUCAUCCGGAGAGCGAGAACAACGUCAGGGUACAGACGCUGAAACUAUCCCUGAAGCGCAGGCGCAGCAAAAGUUCCUCCGUCAGCCCACCCGAAAAGCAGCCAAAGGUCGAAGAAGGCCGCUCCGUCCCCAGCUCGCUGCUCCUACAACGCCUCCAAGGAAAUCCCAAUGUGGGCCCACCAGUUGUCCCUGUGGAAAGCCAAGUCCUAAGCUGUGCAAAGUGCAAUCUGCAGUUCAAGUUCGAAAGCUUCCAGCUGUUGAACGAGCAUCAGGCCCAGUGCAGCGGGAGCAGCUCCCAGAUGGCACAGAAAAAGGAGCGCUUUUUCCGCUGCGCUCAGUGCAGCAGUGUGCACCAGUGCUGGCACUUCUUCCUUCACAUGCGGGAAAUGCACCAGCGCUACAUCUGCCUGUACUGCAACCAUGUGUAUCCUAGUGUGGAGAAACUGUCGUUGCAUUUGGAGAACAAGCACGACAUCGACCAGUGUCACUUUGCUAAGGAUGCGUGGGCAUUGCAGCAGAGCACGGAGGAUAGGGCGAGGCAUCUCGUGUGUUGCACGUGCCAAGCAACCUUUGUGCAGGGCUCAGAGUUUGAGGAUCACGAUUGCUCCCAGCUGAUGCAGCCGUGUGCUUUGUGCGGCCAAAAGGGUGGUCAUGCCAUGGGUUGUAAAAAUAACAAGCGGAAACCGGUUAGAAAACGGAGAAAGGUGCGGAAACCACCGGAACCGCCUCUGCCACUUCCACAGGAAGUGCUGGCACAGCCCGCGCCAGUGGAGGACAUGCCGGAGCAGCAGGAGGCACUACCGUUUCAGGUGCAACCGGAACCCCAGAACCUUUUCCCAGCAGAGAACAUUCCAGCGCCUGAACCCGUCGAGGAUCCUCCAGCGCCCCCCAUUCCCAAAUUGGUUGUGCCCAAAAUUAUGUUGCGGGUGCCCAAAGAGUUCCAAAAGUCUGUGGAUGCUGCUCUAAGCAGUACGGAUACGGAGGACGAAGAGUUGGACACUACGCAACCGCAGGAAGAAGCUGAGCCAGCGCCACCAGAGGAUUUACCUGUUGAGGCAGCACCUCCUCCUCCACCGCCUGCGUUUAGCUUCGAUGACUCGACCUCGGCAAAGCUGAAUCGUGUUCUGGCGGAGUUGGAGCGCACUAAGCUGGACAUUGAGCGAACCAAGGCGGAUAUAAUCACAAAAAAGCAGGCUAAGGUGAUCAUGGCCCAUGCAGAGGUGGAAAACGUUGUGCCACAAGGGGUGGACCCUCCAAUGCAGCUGCAGCCGCAGCCGGAGGAGCAGCGUCGUUGGUCUCUCACGCCGCCUGCAUCGCCUCACAACAAUCACGUAAACCUGCCCGACCCGCCCCCACCAGCUGUGGUUACCGAAUUCCAAGAUCAACCCGAUGGAGAGCGUCGCAACAGCCUCGGCAGUGAUUGCAUGGACAUAGACGACAGCUUGAAUGGCCCGGAGAUGGAGGAUAGUAGGGAUAUUCAGCCGGAGGCGAAGGAGGAAUCACUGGAACCUCUCGCACAACCUUUACAGGAAAGACAUUUUGAACCGAUUCCCGUCCAGCCGCUACCACCUGCAGAUGGUAUUAUGGUGGCUGGAGCGGACACGCACACGGUGGAUCUGCAAUUGGAUCGUCCUCUGGAUCGGUUUUCGAUGGUGGAUUUUGUGCGACUAUGUUUAAAGUCAGUGUAUUCCGUUUGCCUGUAUUGCAACCACGCUCGUCGGAUCGCGGUGAAUGGAAAGCAGCUUGUGCUUCACUUAAUCGGCCAGCACAGAUUUACGGCCACUGUGGACAGCAUUACGGCAGAGGAGCUGCAUGCCGAGACGAUUGUCGCAAGGUUGAAAAGUUUUCUACCGCUCUUGGAGAACGAAUAUCUGAAUUCGGCCAGCUGCUGCAGUCUCGAGGAUGGCAAGUAUGUGGAGCCCUUCAACGAGCGAAUCUACGAGUGCUUCGGCUGCCGCUACGUGACCUCCACGCACAAGGAACUGUACACCCACAAUAGGAGGCUGCACAUCAAAUCGAACAUCACCUGCGUUAUGUGCCAGACGAACUUCUACAGCUACAGCGAGAUUCUGUGCCACAUUUGUCCGGGCGCGGUGGCCGGGAGUAUAUAUGACCUCCAGUUUCGAUGCUGUCUGUGCGAGAUGGCUCCAUUACCCUCCGCCUUUAGGCUAAUGGUGCAUCUGCGGAAACAGCACCAGGCCUGCGACAUCUGUCUAGAGGAUUGCCAGAGCCAGGCUAAGCUAUCGGCGCACGUGUGGAAGCACAAGCUGUUACACUUGUGCUAUCGCUGCGGAAUUGCCUAUCGCAACAAGCAGGACAUAUCAAAGCAUCUGUUCUGGAAGCACGGAACGGAGAGUGCCAGCUGCAAGCAAUGCCAACAGAAGCGCUGGCGCCAUGUCUACCACUUUUGUGUGCCGCCCGCGCAGUUCCCAUGCGAGCAGUGUGGCUUCGUCUUUAGCAAGGCCAUCUACCUGGAGGUGCACCAAAGAAUGCACUCUGGCGACUUCCGCUAUGCGUGCACAGAAGAGGGGUGCGAGGAGAAGUUUGUGUCGCGCAAGCUGCUGCUCAAGCACGCCAGCAGUCACGUGGUAAAGGAAUUGCCCCAACCAGCUUCCGAGGAGCCAACGGAUAAGGGAGUUACGGCCCAAAACCUAGACGAAAUCAAGCAGGAAGCAGAAGACCUUGAGGAAAAGGAAGAUGGAAAGCAGCAAGAGGGGAAGGACUUUGCUGAGGCGGAAACAAAUAAAGAGUCUACCAAAAAUGAGGAACCAGACUACAAGGAGUCGACUGUGAAGGAGCAGUCAGUCAGUAAAUCCGAAAGUCGUAAGCGGCGCAAAAAAUCCAAGCGCAACAAAGAAUCCCUUGAGGACCUCAACCUCAUUGCACCCAAUCUUUCGGAAUCGGAUAGCAGCGAUGAUAGCGAUUCCGAUGCCCCAAGAAGCAGUCAUCAGGAGCAGCCAGUGGUGCCAAUGCGAUCUUCUGUGGAUGAUCUGGGCAUGCCCAAGGUGAUGCUGUCACCAUCCUCAGAGAGUGAUGCCGAUGUGGCGGAUGGCAAGUCUAAACUGGAGGACAAGGAUAAAUCCUCAGACAUCUCUAAAGAAGAAAAGGAGCUUGAGGCAGGCAAAGCCGAUGAAGAUUCUGAGCCCAAGAAGGAGGAAGAGCAAGUGGAUGUAUCGAUCUGGAAGAAUCUGCUGCAGAAUCAGGCUAUCAACCCGGAAGAACAGGCCGUCAAGGAGGAAGAAAAGGAUGCUGUGGUGGUCAACCAGCCGCCCACCAAGCUUCAUGUGGCCUGGUCCGAUCACGACUACUGCAAACUCCAUCGCACACCUCAACCCUCGCCCAUUAAACAAAAAUCGACUACCAAAUCGUCCACCAAAACGCCUGGUCAGAAUGCCUCUAGCGAAAGCGACAGUUCCAGCAGCUCCAGCUCCUCGGAAUCGGAUUCUUCAAGCUGCUCCUGUGGCUCCAACUGCAGCUGCAGUUCCAGCAACAGCAGCAGUUCCAGCGAUGACUCCGACGACUCGGACAGCUCCAAUGCUCGAGGAUCGCCACAGAAACGGGCUCGCAAGAAAUCCCUGAGGCAGAAGAAGAGCUCAGAGUCACUGAAAAGAGGACAGCAAAGUGAGCGGGAUCCUGAAGAGAAUGUCAGUGUCAUGCCUGUGAAUGAGAAUAAUCCUGCUGCCCCUCCAUCGCCAAAGUCACCGAUGUAUAAUGAGUCGGAUUUCGAUACGGCUUUCUCGGAUACGGAUGAGGAGUUCUACGACUCCCAUCCCCAGAAACUGGCCAAUGAGCUGCUGGCCCAGAAGCGCGAGGCUCUCAUGGCGGAGCAUGCUCCACUCCGGCCGAGCAACAACUACGACAUAGUGGAGAACAGUCGUCCUUCGACUCCCUCGCUGCCAGAAGAGGCAUCUGCUUUUGCAGAGAAACGGGAAAGGGUGAGGAACAAGAAAAAGAAGCGGGAACGAAAGUCUACGUGUAAAUCCGGCAAGAUGCCACCCAUGGCUAGUACCCCGCUGCCCAUAGAUGGAAUGGUAGCGCCCCUGGAGCCACCAACUCCCUUGCACUCCCACCAAGAGUCUCUGUUUUCCGUCACCCCACUCACGCAUCGCCAUCUGCAAUCUUCGAUGACCCGAAUGAGUGAGGGCAGCAGCUGCUCCGAUGCCGAUGGCCAACUGAAGCGUUCGAAACGCCAGCGAAGACCAAACAAGUUCUAUGGCUAUACGAGCGACGAUGAGAACAUGAGUGCCGUCUUGGCGCCACCGCUACAGGUGGGAAUGCAGCUCAUCAAGCCACAGCCACCACCACAGUUGACCUGGGCCAAGGAGGAUCUGCCCACGCCGCCCAAGCAGCGCAGCAGGAAUAACAAUAACAGCGGACACCACCACCACUCGCACAGCAAUGGUGGAAGUUCGUUUGCUGGAUCGUCGCGAAAGAGGAGUAAGCAGCGGUCGUCGCUGCACGGCGCAGGAGGAUCUCGUUCGGCCAAGCGCCACAAACCGGAUCGAGAGGACCACCUGCCACCCAUUCCGACGCUUAAGAUUCGGCCCAGCUUGCUGCCCAGCACUGCUCCGCCGACGGACAGCAGUGAGAGCAGCUCGGACGACGAGGAUGCGGAGAUCAAUGUGACCAGUUUGGUGGCCACUCCGCAACCGGCGCCACCACCUCCAGUUGUGCCAGCGCCUCUCCCGGUGGCUUUGCCGGUCCAACCACCUCCACCACCGCCUCCGGCAGCCACCGCCUUCAAUCAGCCCAUUCCACCUGCUCUGCUGCCCAAUCCCGGUUUCGCUACGCUGCAGUACUUCAAGGCCAACAACAUACGCUACCCCAUUCGACCGCCGGCAGGAGCUCGUCUCGCUCGCGAGGGUGAAUCCGUAUACUGCUAUUGCCGCUGUCCCUACGACGAGGUGUCCGAGAUGAUCGCCUGCGACGGGGACAACUGCCUGAUAGAGUGGUUCCACUUCGAGUGCGUGGGCAUCAUGGUGGCACCGCAGGGCAAGUGGUUCUGCGCCGAGUGCAGGCCAAAGUACUCGGAGGGUGUCUAUCAGGGCAACAAGCCCCAAUGAACGGAUAUCUUUGGAUCCUUCUAUCACAAAAAGAAUCAACUAUAACACUACAAACCCCACUACAGAAUGGAUUACGCUUAUUAAUUGAUAAAAACAUAUAGUCGCUUAUUCUCGGCGAUCGGCUGAGAACAAGAUAUCUAUAUCUUAUCUAAACUACUAAAAAAAAAAAACAAAACAUCUCUAGAAUAAUAAAGUAACGUAUUUGUAUAAAUUGAGGGCAGUAGGUAACCCCAGGCUCAAAGUAGCUCUCCGUGGAGAGCCUAAGCUAAGCUAAUGCUAAUUCAAAUAUCUGCAACAAGCUUAUCAAAUUAUAUAUAUAUAUAUUUCUAUAUUCACUUAAACUGUAUGUAAAUAUCGAUGGCUGCAUAUUUCACAUAUGCACUUUGUAAAAUAGCUAGAGUAUGCGAGAGAUCCCAUAAACAAACACUUAGGCAUUAGGGUUUACACUUAUAAAUAGCAGUCCCCCAAGUAUAGUACAUAACUAAAUCUACAUAUAUAUACAUACAUGUAAUGACUAUGAUUAGAACACAAAUCGAAAGCCAUCUGCAAAUCGGAAUGCAGUGGAUUAUGAGAGAAAUAAACAUGCAACAUUGUGAGACGUAUACAACAAAA